GAAGAGCAAUCACGUGCCCCUCCCGGCAUAACAUUCUAAGAUUAGAUGUGCGUGAUUGAUUAGUUUUUCACUGCAUAUGCAUCGCAUGCACACACAAACACACACACACAUACACACACGGCUGUAUGUAUACAUCUCAUAACUAUAUACAUAAAUUGAGAACGAGAGAUGUGUCUUGAUUAAUUAAGGGUGACAGUUCGCCUUGAUACGGCGCUGAACGACAAUCCCGCGAUUGGAUUGUCUAUCCGGUCUAGAAAGAGAGAGAAAGAUCGCUUCUUAAUACACCUAAAUCGAGGUAUGCGUAAACAUGUUCUACGAGUGAUCGUGGACAUCCAAGCGCAGGUUAAUUCGGCCAGAGCGAAAUUCGUGAAUAAACAUGCAACCGCGACCUCGUUGUGAGUGAUAUCGUUGUUUUAACGCCCGAUAUUAUCAUGGCAGAGAAUCUGUCAAAACGGCCUUCCAAGGGAAUCCUCAAAACGUCCAGCAGUUUUGAUAAUCCAGAGGCGCCUAGACCAAAUAAAGAAACAACAUGGGACGAAAUGAAUAUUAUCGCUACUCUUCAUCCUGCUGACAAGGAUUAUGGUCAUAUGAAGAUCGAAGAACCAAAAACCCCAUACAACUUUGAAGGCCUUCAAAAUGAACAUGAAUUCGAUCAAUUAGAUGCUAGCACUAUUGCAGCCAAAUUAGCUGGAAGUAGCAAACCCAAAAUUUUUGAAGAAUCUAGCGAAGAGGAGGAAGAUGAAGAAACUCCUGAAGAAAAAGAAAGGAGGAGAGUUUUUGAGGCAAAGAGAAAGGGUCAUUAUCGAGAAUGGCAUGCUGUACAAAUGGCAAGACGACUCUUAGAGCAAGAUGAAUUGGAAGAGGAUGAGGAUGAAAAUGGAGAAGGUAAAAAUAACGAAGAAAAUUCGUCAGAGGAAGAAAGUGAUUUCGACACCCGCUUCAAAUGCAUGCCGUCCUGUGAUAGAAAUGAAAAAAAAUAAACAAAAAGCAUUGAUUUGUAACUUAUUUUUAAAUCGUCCAUCACAAUUACAAUUUCGUGGCAAUGAUCUUUAUCAUUUAAUGCUAUUGCGAUUAAAAUAUUUGUUAUACAUUUAAAUGCCCAAAUUAAAUUUCACAUUUUAAUCAUGUAUAUACAGCUUCACCCUCUGUAAAUAAACAUCUUACAACCUGAAUGUUUAUAGAAUAAUCUAUUGGUAGAUUUUUUCAAGAUUAUAGAUAUAGUAAUAGUAAUAUUACAUAAUCGUAAAUUUUUUAGUUACUAAUUUAACUAAAAAAUAUUCAUGAAUGCACAAAGCUUGUCGCGCUUAAUGUCAAUCUAAAUUUAUUCAGAUUGUGAUAUGUAAAAGAUUUGCUCGUCGUUUCGGAUAUUACAGGCCUAUUUGUCUUUACUUUACAGAGUUGGUUUUAAAAAUAUCUUGUAAAAUUUCAUAUCCUUGGAAAAAUUUGCAGAGGGAUUUACUGUAUCAAAAUUCGACGAACAAUAAGGCUGAACAAAGCACUUUCACAUAUAGCGAAAAUUUCAGAUGCCAUAUGUAAUUUUUACAGUAAGAAAUGUAUGUAUCUAAAAAUGUUAGAAUACAUGUGUAAUACAAGUCCUGUGAUUAGCAUAGGCAUAUGCUAUGUAACAUUCGAAUGUACAACCUCGAACUUUCGUUUCUUCUCAUAAUGCUUGAUUUUAUUUUCCAAACUCUCUGUAAAAGAAAAUUGAAUAUAGAUUAUACACAUAGACACACAGACACA